ACAGCAGCCAAUGACAGCGCGCGCUGGCUCCUCUUUACACGGAGACGGUCAGCAGGAACAGAAAGACGAACCGAGGCAGAAAUGUUUUCCUGAAUCUCCGAGUCUCUGGACCGAAGCCGAACCGAACCGAGGAUUUACCGAGCUCGGCUUCCAGGCGGACCCACUGGAUCGGGCCAUGGCCCUCACUCUUUGAGAACGGCUCUGUGUCCGUGGGGUGGGGGCACGCGCACCGUGGAGUCUGUUCAUGCAGAGGAAAAUGGUGGAUUAUUGUGUCGGGAGUCAUUAAAAGGCUGAAACAUCUGGACGAGAUCUGACGUCCUGGUGGGACUCCCCCCCUCCCCCUCCCUCCCCCAUCAUCAACGACCGUCCGAUCAAUCUGUGGGGCCAGUCUAUACUGGGAGGACUGGGAAAUGGAUGUGAACAGCAGCAACGGCCCCCCCAACGAGCUGCACAACAACCAGUUCUACCAAUGCGAGGAGAGCAAGCCUCUACUGGGGGACAUGUCUGAGGGCCACAACAACACCAAGCCGGCCGCGGGCUCCUGCCGGAGGGCCCUGCACCCCUGCGGCAGCAGCGGCAUGCGCUACAAGCUGCUGCACGAAGGCGACAUCCAGGUCUGCGUGGUCAAACACCCACGCACCUUCCUCAGCAAGCUGCUCACCUCCAAGUACCUGCGGAGGUGGGAGCCGCACCACCUGACGCUGACGGACAGCGGCCUCUGCUCGGCCACGCCCACCGGAUACAUGGAGACCUCUCUGUCCUACAGCUCCAUAGAGGACCUGCAGCUGCUCUCCUGGGACAACGCUCCCAAGUACUGCGUCCAGCUCAGCAUCCCUGGAGGCACCAUCCUGCUUCAGGCUGCUAACGGCUACCUGAGGGACCAGUGGUUUCACUCCCUGCAGUGGAAGAAAAAGAUCUACAAGUACCGGAAAGUCCUGAACAACCCGAGUCGCUGGGAUGUGGUGCUGAAGGAGAUCCGAGCGCUGGUGGACAUGGCUCUGACGUCUCCUCUGCAGGACGAGUCCAUCCACCAGGCCCCGCUGCACAUCAUCUCCACGCUGCUGGCAGAGAACUCCAACCUGAGCGCUCAGGACCACGAGAACAUCAUUGUGGCGAUCGCUCCUCUUCUGGAAAACAACCAUCCCCCCCCCGACCUGUGUGAGUUCUUCUGUAAGCACUGUCGGGAGCGGCCGCGGUCCAAGGUGGUGAUUGAGGUCUUCACUCCUGUGGUCCAAAGAAUCCUCAAACACAACAUGGACUUUGGGAAGUGUCCUCGGCUGCGCCUCUUCACCCAGGAGUACAUCCUGGCUCUGAACGAGCUGAACGGAGGCAUGGAGGUGGUUCAGAAGUUCAUCCACAGCAUGCAUGGCCCCACGGGGCAGUGCCCCCACCCACGGGUGCUCCCCAACCUUGUGGCCGUCUGCCUGGCUGCCAUCUACUCCUGCUAUGAGGAGUUCAUCAACAGCAGAGACAACUCCCCCAGCCUGAAGGAGAUCAGGAACGGCUGCCAGCAGCAGAACGACCGCAAGCCGCCGCUGCCGCUCCGCCUGCUGCGGCCAGAACCCCCGACUCCGCCCCCCGCCACCAUCCUGCCGUCCGGCUCCCCCAGCCCCCCCGAGCCGUCUCCAUCCACCCCGUCCAUCCCCGUCUCCUCCCCUCCUCCCUCCACUGUCAACUCUAGCGAGAUCCUGGUGGAGCUGGAGCGUAACAACAACACGACCAAUGCCAAACGGAAGGGCGGGCCUGCAAGGGGCGACAGCGAGCCCAACCUCAUCGACUGUCUGCUGGUCAGCCCGGCUGUUAACACCCUGUCCAUCCAGCUGCCGGCGCAGGCGGACCGGGUGCUCGGCUGCUUCGCGCUCAUCCUCAAGAUGCUGUCGGACUACGAUGACUGGAGGCCGGCUCUGGCCAGCCUCCUGCAGCCCAUCCCCUUCCCUAAAGAAGCUCUGGCACACGCUAAAUUCACCAAGGAGCUGAAAUAUGUCAUCCAGAGAUUUGCUGAGGACCCGAGGCAGGAGGUCCACUCCUGCCUGCUCAGUGUGCGCUCCGGGAAGGACGGCUGGUUCCAGCUCUACAGUCCUGGGGGCGUGGCCUGUGAUGAUGACGGCGAGCUGUUUGCCAGCAUGGUUCAUAUCUUGAUGGGGUCCUGUUAUAAAACCAAGAAGUUCCUCCUCUCUCUGGCAGAGAACAAGCUGGGUCCCUGCAUGCUGCUGGCGCUGCGAGGGAACCAGACCAUGGUCGAGAUCCUGUGUCUGAUGCUGGAGUACAACAUCAUCGAGAACAAAGACACGCAGCUGCAGAUCAUCUCCACCCUGCAGAGCACGCAGGUGGGCUUCCGCAUGUAUGAGCAGCUCUGCGACCGCCAGCGGGAGCUCAAAGAGCUGCAAAGGAAAGGAGGUCCGACACGGUUGACUCUGCCAUCCAAGUCCACGGACGCGGAUCUGGCCCGCCUGCUGAGUUCAGGCUCCUUUGGGAACUUGGAGAACUUGAGCCUGGCCUUUACCAACGUCACCAGUGCCUGUGCCGAGCAGCUCAUCAAGCUGCCGUCGCUCAAACAGCUCAACCUCUGGUCCACUCAGUUCGGGGACGCGGGGCUGCGGCUGCUAUCAGAGCACCUGGCCUGCCUCCAGGUCCUGAACCUGUGUGAGACUCCGGUGACGGACGCCGGUCUGCUGGCGCUGAGCUCCAUGAAGAGUCUGUGCAGCCUGAACAUGAACAGCACCAAGCUGACGGCAGACACCUACGAGGACCUGAAGGCCAAACUGCCCAACCUGAAGGACGUUGAUGUCCGCUACACGGAGGCCUGGUGAUCCAGAACCUCAGCGCCGGAAGGUUUCUUAUCUUCAUCAACGGACCUCAUCCCUCCUCUUCCUCUCCAAACUUUGAGUUCCCCCUCCUCCGUCCUUUUGCCUGAAACGGUUUCAUAUACCCUCCUCCUCGGGAAAGCUCAGUCCAGAUCAGUUUCCCCACUGGUUCUGACCCAACGUCACACCGUCCCAUCAGCUCCUUACCCCUCGGUAAGGAGGGGUAAAUCCAUCUCUGGGCCGUUUAAGGUUCCGUGGUUCUGGUUCCUGGACUUUUAAUCAAAACUCAUGAGGAAAGACAUUAAAUGGUGUUUUCGAAGGACGUUUGACUGAUUUAUCUUUGUUUCUCCAGAGGUUCUGAUCAGCAGGUGGAUCGUUUAAAAAGAUUAUUUAUGUACUACUGCACCUGAACGCACCGCAACGUUAAAAGGCUGGACAGGAAGAAACUGAGAUCAGGCCACUUGGGUCAAAAGUCCUAGACUUUUGUACCGACGCAAAACCACAUUACGCGUUAACAGGAUGCAGCGCUACACAGGAACCAGAAAAGGACUCGAUCAGAUUCCUGAACGGACCAGAACCAAGCUUUUUUUUUUUUUUUUUUAAGACUCAUUUUUCCAGGAGGGAGGCGCUCCGUCGUUUUCUAGUUUUUAAUCCGGAUGGAAGAACAGAACCACUAACCCUGGAACCUGUGGCCCGUCACUGAUCCACUCUGACCUCUGCUGGUUCUGUUUGGACGUGUUGCCAAAACCGAACCUCGUCUAUCCGGCCAUGUUCUGCUCCAAGCUCCUGUACAUAUCGGAUGGAGUCGGCCAGCAGAGCAACGCGUUUUUGUUUGCUAUUUAUUUGUUGCCAUCGGUUCUGACCCGACUAUGGAGGCCCGGUCCGGUCCGGCUGUACAAAGCGCUGUAUAUAGUCGUCUUUUUGGACCUUUCCUUUUUCAGGCUCAUUUUCUGUCUUCAUCCAAAUGUUUCAUCUCCUUUCCUGUCUUGUUUUUUUUUUGCACGUAUGCGUUUCUGCACCAUCUAAUGUUUUCAUUUUGUAAUUUCUAUUUUAUAAAAUGUUUGUAAAAUCUGAAAAAGGGGUUUGAUCACUUCUCUCCCUGAAGGCGAACGACUGAAGUGGUUCCAUUUGAUCCUCAACUGGCCGGCGAUCCAGGAAUCUGGCGUAGCUCAGCUUCAUAUUUUAAUGUGGUCAUUUUUAUACUGAUGAUGAUGCACAUAUUUGUCUUUUCUUAAAGAAUGUUGUUUAGAUAAUCAUAUCAGAGGAGGACCUGCCCACGGCUGGUUUCUACUGGAAUGUUUGAAUCCCUCAUGGAACCAGUUUAGGCAGAACGACUGAGAACAGAAAUUAAACUGCUGAUAUUCUGAAGAUGAA